AUGGCCGAGGAAGCCAUUGCUGCUGGAGGUGUAAUGGAUGUUAGUACUGCACUACAAGAGGUGCUGAAGACUGUCCUAAUCCACGAUGGUUUAGCACGUGGCCUACCCAAAGCUGCCAAAGCCUUAGAUGAGCACCACGUCCAUCUUUGUGUGCUUGCACUCAACUGUGAUGAGCCUAUGUAUGUCGAGUUCCUGGAGGCACAUUGUGCUGAGCACCAAAUCCACGUAACUAAGGUUGAUGACAACAGGAAACUCUGGGGGUGGGCAGGCCUCUGUGGAACUGAUCAAGACGGGAAACCACGGAUAGUGGUUGGUUGCGGUUGUGUAGAGGUUAAGGAUUAUGGCAAAGAAUCUCAGGCCAAGGUUGUCAAGCAAAGACUACUUCAAUGCAAGAAAUGA